GAUCAAAGAGGGAAGAAGAAGAAAUGUCCUGCCUGAAGAAUUUCAGUCUCCUCAUCUCAUGUGUGCUCCUCUUCAUCAUCCAGCCAGGUCGUGGGUCUGAGAUUAUUAAUGGGAAAGAAGUCGAGCCACACUCACUGCCUUUCAUGGCCUAUCUUAGAACUGUGACUAAUUCUUGGUGUGGAGGGACAUUAAUCCAUCCACAGUGGGUCCUGACAGCUGCCCACUGCACUGGGAGUUAUUGGGUGAUCCUGGGAGCCCACUCCAGAACGAAAAACGAAAGUUCCAAGCAUCAAAGAGUCGUUGAGAAAAGUUUUCCUCAUCCUGACUACUGUUGUGCAAGGUUGGACGAUGACCUCAUGUUGCUGAAG